CUUUCAUGAGCUUCAUCGUCACCAUAACAGCUCACGAAUGUCACCGCAGGCUGGAAACCGUGUGGCAGUCAGAUUUUGGAUCAUCUCCUGUCGUAUCAAGCGCUCUUGUGGCGGACUUCAAUGGCGAUAAUGUUAGAGAUGUCCUUGCCACUUCCUUGGAUGGUCAGGUAUCAGUUGUUGAUGGACGGUCAGGUCUUAACCUUGCUGGAUGGCCAGUAACUCUACCCGGAAAACUCUUAUUCGCUGCACCUCUACUGGUAUCUAGAACGUUUUAUGUGGUUUCUAUGAAAGGAAGAGCAACAGUUUUGUCGUAAUAUAUAGAGAUUCAUGUAAUUCCCACUCUGCUAGAACACGAAUACAAAGAGUCUGUUUCUUACUUAUCCCUGAUGCUGCUGAAGAAAUUUGUUGUCAUCAUGAGUAAUGACUGAUCAUGUUGUUCUUGUUUCAGUUUGAUUAUGACAGUGAUGGGAUGAAUGAGUUAGUUUUGGUUACAGCAGAUGGUGUUGUAUCCUUUGUAAAGAAUGAUGGUUCCUUUGUAGAGGGAGAGACAUUUAAGGUAUUAAAAGUUGCUUUCUUUGGAUAAUUCUAUUCCCAAAAUUUAAAGUUUUGUCUUUUUAAAGAAUCACAACAUGCCUUAUUAGGUUAUCAGUUAAACAUCCUGGUAAUUGUCAUGUGUCACAUCUUCUUGGUGUCAUGAAUGGAUAUUGAACUACAUUUGUAGGGAAGGUUAUUAACCUUUUAACUCCCAGAGGUGAUUAACAUGUAACUUCUCCGAAUAAAAUCAUUAUCCAGAAAGCAGGUAAUGAGAAUACUCAAAUUUAUCAGGUAAAGUUGUUCAAGUUGUUCUAUUAAAGCAAGGCAAAGUAACAUAUCUGCUAUUGGUUUGUGGAAAUGCAAACUGGAGAUAAAUUAAUCAGAAGAGUAAUGCUUGCACAUGCAGAUGAAUUCUUUGCCUCUAACUUCCACCCAAUUUUUAAAGUUAACAUAUCAAUUACCUACAAAGAAAUAAGACAACUUUACAGCCAGUGGAUUCAGGUGUGACUUAAAUAAACAAUAGUCUCUAUUUGGCACAAAAAUAUGGGCAGAUAUAUUUGUCCACGAAAAUUAUCCGUUCUAAGACGUGAACAGGUUUCUGAGAGUGAAGCUUGAGGAAAACUGUUAGUUUCAAGAAACAGAUCGUGUCCAAGGACAAAUAUACUAGUAUUUUGCCAAAUAGAGGCUAUUGUACUUCUUGUAUCCUUCAAUUUUUUUUUUGCAACAAGUAGAAAAAUGUUUACAAACAACUUACUUUUCAGUGUUCUCUGGUAUGACUUUAUGAACAAAUGAAUGUUUCCCUUCUUCUGUAAGAAUGGCUAAAUUAAAUUCAUCUUGAAUUAAAUUGAAAACAAAUGCUUUUAUUGUAGUAGAUGUAAGGUUUGAAAAUAUGGCAAUAUUACUUAGGAUAUAUCUUCACAUAUUCCUUAGUUUUAACUGGAACAUACUGCAUCACAUGACAUGUUGAGACCAAAUGUGCACAAGCACAAGAUGUAUUUGAUGGAUUAUAAUCACUCUUAUUUUGAUAUUCUUUAUUUCUUUUUAGGUUCCACCAUUGGUGAUGAAGAGAGAUUGGUUUCUGGUGGAUCCUAAACAGAUUUCCAACAGAGACUACAUCAGUUCUGUUUCAAAUCCUGCAAAGUCAGCCAGACUUGCUUUCAUAUCAGAAUUUAUCCAUGAUAAUCUGAAGGUACCCAGUAGUUAGGAAUAAAAAAAAUUUUUUGCAUAGCCAAGACUUCUAUGAACUCACAAGUAACAUGAACAUGUAGCUUGUUUAGUUUAGUUAGCCUAUGGUUGCAAUGUACAUUACUUAUAGCAAAUACACUUGUCUUUUUAAUAUUUAACAGUUACUUGGCAAAGUAGAAUUGAAUAUUGCAGAAUUACCUCCAGUAUCCACUGACUGUGAGACUAAUAAUUAUUCUUUUGUAUGAGUGGUUAUUAUCAGAGGAAAAUCAUCAAUUUUUUCUGUUAUUGAAGCCAUUCAGGGGUAAAAAUGGAAAGCAUAGGGAACACAAAUGUAUUUGUUACAAUUGUUUUGGUUACUCAUAUCACAAUAAGCAACCAGUUACCAAGAGCAGAUUCCAGAUUCUUGUGUUUUGUGGAAUGGAAUUUUCUUAUAUCAUUUUUUAUCUCUUCUUUGGUAACAUUGACAGAAUGCAAGACAGCCAUUUUGAAAUUUGACACCCGUACUGUAUUCACCUUGUGUGAUUGUGGCAAGAUAACAGUCAAUCCUUGACCAAUCAUAGUGUGAGAAUCUCUAUAAUCAUGUGAGCAAUUAUACUAAGUUGAAUUAAACUGAGAAAGAGGUCCUGUAAUCUGAGUGCUUAACACUGCCUGUGUUUAUUCUGAUCUCUGUAGUCUAGAGUAACUAGGAGUACUGCCACACCUCUUGUGCUCGGAUACUGUUUUCUUUUUGAGAAUGAGACAAGACAUUGUAACCCAGUGCAAUUCCUCCUUCAGGGGUUGAACAUAGAUCUCUUAUUAAUUCAGUCAAUGUUGACUAUUAAAUGAUGCUUUUGAUCAGCAAACAAUAUCUGAGGCAGGAAAUAGUCAUACAGGUGGGUUGCAAUUAACAAAAAGAAGCCUGAAAAAUUCAGGCAUUGUAGCCCACCUGUGAGAAUCAUUUCUUUCAAAGAAUUUUAGGAAAAGAGUAGUUUGCUUGCAUUCCCCUUACUGAGAGAGUACAGUGUACUUCCAAAUAAAAUCCCAAUUCCCAGAAUUAGUUUUCUUUUUUACCAAGGGUAAACAGCAGUAUUCAAACUCAAGCAUUGACCAUGGUCCAGGAGACAGUUUUUGGUCCAAAUAUCAUCCAGGCAGACGCCCAUCUGGUUUAUCAUCGGAUGGCAUCAGUGUCUUUGUAGACCCUCACAUUCUGUCCACUCCACUCAUCACAGACUUCAAUGGUGAUGGAACUGAAGAAGAACUUGUCAUAGUGACCAACUUCUAUUUUGAAGAGGAAAGGUAUGAAGUGAAACUUUUUGUCACCAGACCUCUGCUCCUUUUUAAAUUUAAAGGAGCUAUACUGUUGAUCUGCAUCUGAAUUAUAUCCAAUGCCAAAAUUUUCUGCUUUUACCAAUGGUACACUCUUUUAAAUUUCUAUCCACAUAGAUUUUAACUGCCAGCUAUUUUUGACAUUGUAAUAUUGCUUCUAAAGUACUUCCCAAAAUACAUUGGCAUACAUUAUGUUGAGUUUUUUAACUUAAAUAUGUUAUCUCCAUAUCUAAAUGAACAAGUUAGUUGUAAACGUAACUCUUUGUUUCUUGUGCCAUUUUUUUCUCUUCUCACAGCCAGUUGGCUGUAUCAGAACAAGGAUUGUCAUCAGAGGAUCUUCAAAAUUAUUUGGGAAGUGCUAUAAUUGUGUUCAAUCUUCUCACAAAACAGCUUGUGUUCUCAUCAAUUUUGCAUGUGUCUAGGGUAAGUAACUCUGUGUUUGUACAGUUUGUGACUGACUUAUUAUGAAAAAUCACAGACUUUUACUUUACUUCUGAAUAAGAUUGCUAUCAGCUAUGGUGUUGAGGACUUGUGUUUCAAUGGAAGUGCAUUAAUUAGUUUUUGGCUACAAUGUACAGUAUUUGGUGGCAAAUCUACAGGAAAGAUCAGACUGAUUUAAAAAAUUUUAAACUAGUUUUGGUUUUAUAUCCAUCCAACUUCUUAACCUCUCAAGGAAAUUUGUACCUUACCAUAUAUACAUGUAGCAUUUCAGAAGGUUUAAAAGGUUAUGCCCCUGUUUCUGAUUGGAGGAAUUAAUCAUUUUGUUUCUUUCAAUCUGCUUUUAUAGGCCAUUAUUAUAAAAAUUGGCGGCUGCAUAUUUCUGUGAAAUAAGAUCUCUAGUUUUAUUCUUCACUCCUCUAGUUUCAAUCUUAUUGAAAGGCACAAUACAGUACAUUUAGAACUCCACUAACUCAAACUUUAAAAUCAAACAUUCAAAGAUUAACCAUCUGGAUGUUGAUUUUCUGAAUACUUCUCUAAUGUAUAGAGGUUUUACAAUGUGUUUGUUUUGUGCUGGAUGAAAAAGACUCUAAUUUUUUUGUCAUCACUAAGGCCCAGCUUACAGCCAUUAUGUGUAGGAGAGCAAUUUGCAGUUUUAGGCUGUCUUCUUAAAAUUUGAUGUGAACUCCAAUUUUUGGAACUUUGCCAACAUGGUGUUCUAUGUACAUUAUGAAUAUACUUGAAUAAAUUCACUAGGCUGGAAUAUUCAAAAUGAGUCAUGUACAACAGAGUGAAGAAUGCUAAUAAUGAACAUAAUUUAAGAUUUUUUUUUGUUCUGCAGAAGCCUAGUCAGUACCCUGCUUAUGCUCUGUCCUCUGGUUCUGCCAUUCCAGGAGGUGGGAUUGUUGUGGGAACAUCCUCAGGAACUGUUUACUUUAUAAAAAGCUCCUUAAAUGAACCUUUGUCCCUUAGUACCAUGGACAGUGUACCUGGCCAAGUAAGUAAAUAUUUGAAUCCCCUUAAUCUAUGAUAAGUACAUGUUGAGCUCCGGGCUGGAAACUUCUAGUUUAGUACAAAACCUUUUUGUGAAGUGUUUAUUUUGUCUCCUGAAUUGGAGACCUAUCUUUUGCUGAUAUUUAUUACUUCUGUGUAACUUGUACAAAUGACUAGAAUUUAAAAUGAAUCUUGUAUCAAAAUGUAAAUGUCAUGAGAAUAAUUGAAAUGAUCACCAAUUUAAAAAGCUCCUGAUUGUCAAACAUUUUCUCCCCGUUAGUACCUUUGGAAAUAUAAGGGGAAAUUAGAAGUCAGUCACUCUAAGGGGUUUUGAUACUGAAAGCUGCUGAUUAUAUACAUCUGGGCAAUUGCAAUACAGGUAUCCUUAUCUAAAUAUAUCAUUUUCAGGUCAUUAUAUCAGAUGUGAAUCAAGAUGGCUUAUUGGAAAUUCUAGCUAUAGACAACAGUGGCAAUAUUGCUUGCAAGGAUCUUAAUGGGAAAAUGGUUUGUGCUGUUAUCUUAAUUUCCUCUCUGAUAAAAUGAAAUGUCGUUGAUACGUUACAUUCUACAACAAACAUUUAUGUUCCCCCAUAGAAUUCUAUUUUAGACCUUCACUUUGAAGCCUUUUGGAGAUGCAGUAGACUAUUUGAAUCUCUGAUGGGCCAUUUAUUUUAGAGAUUUGUUCCAACAAACAAAUUGCUGUAGAUGGCAUUAGAUAUUUGAGUCUUGGAGCUGGUCCACUUGCCUACAUCAAACCUUUUCCUUCUCAAGAUCUGACAUCAACAUGUUUGAAAUUCUCUUAACUGAUAAUCCAACAGUCCCUUUUCAACACAUGUUGAUAGGUCAUUGUUGUACAGUGUGUAUCAUGAAAAUGUGUUUUGACUGAUUAGUUUUUACUUCUCUGCCUACCUGACCAUUUGCAAGUGCAAAGAAUUUAGCAAAAACUCUAGUUUGGCUAUAAUUCUUACAUGAUGAUGUUCCUAACAGUUUAACUCCCAAGAUCUGAUUGGUAAUUUCCCCCUCUAGCUGCUACACAUUUCCUCUAAAAUUAGUAAAGAGAAUAUGGUGUUAGAAUAUGAAAAAAAACUUCUAUGUGAUAAGUUUAAGUACUCGCAUUAACUUUUUGCUAGAUAGUGUAUGGAUAUUAUAGGGAGAAGUUACCUCUCAAUCACUUCUGGGAGUUAAAGGGUUAAUUCUCAUUACAUGUUUACAGUAUAGUGUUUAGGAAUUAUAAUAAGAAUUCACAUACUGGUUAUUUCUGCGCAUGGAAUGGUUAGAGCAUUGCAGCCAACUCCCCCUAAGAAAAGAGCAAUCAGGAAGGAUUCUAAUUGUCCAUCUUAGACAGGUGCCUUUGUUCCAGAGACUCCUAAGUCUCAGUAACACAGAAGGACAAUGGGAGUCAUUCAUAAAGGAAAAAGUUGUCAAAGAAUGAGAAGGGAACUCAUUAUCUCCUAGGGCUGAUUCCUAAUGACCAUAAAAGGAGGUUUGGCCUCCCUACAGAGGUUACCAUAAAGAGAGAGUUGUCUGUAUUUUUUGAUUACAUUUAAAUUUCAGUUUUUAUCCCUUUCUGCUCCCAGAAGUAAUUGACAUGUUACUUCUCCCAAUAACAUUAAUACAUCAUCUAGCAAAUAGCUACUGAGAAUACUCAAACUUAUCAAGUAGAAGUUGUUAUCUUGACCUAGCACCCAAUUCUUCAUAGCUAAUUUACUGACAAGAAAAUGUGUACCAGCGAGAGGGGAUAAUUAACAAUCAGAUUUUUGGAGUUCAAGUGUUAACAUUUCGUUUAGGUGUGGGAGGCCACAGUUUCCAGUUCAAGUGCUUCAGGAAUCCGUGUUGCUGAUGUGGAUGGAGAUGGUUUUAUGGAAGCUGUUGUUGCUACGUUUGAUGGGUGAGUUGGACUGUAAAAGUCACCUUCAAUACAGCAAGUCAUUCAUUUGGUAAUUAUGGUUGAGAAAAAUACAUCGCUAUCAAAUCUGUUCUAUCACAUGUAAUUUUUCCUCGGUGAGUCUUUGUGAAACGUGAAGAUUACGAUGCACUGGUACAUGUAGGGAGAACUCACUUGAUAGGAAAGUGCGAACUAUUAGAACCUCCGUCCCUUUACUAGGUCUGGAUGAAAAAUAGGUCUAAGAAAUUGCUCAAUGAACAAAUCAGAAGGGAAAAAAGAUACACAAAAACCUUUUUCGUGAAAUUGUGAUGUACCUCUGACGAACACCAGCUGGAAAAAUAAACGGCUUUAUUUCUUAAAUUGGCUUGUGUUAAUCGCGUGCGAAAUCAUUAUUUAGCAUGUUUACAGUAAGGACACGUAAUUCAAUUUAUCGAGCUAUAACCGUAACACGUGAUGUACUUAAAACAGGUAUCUAUGGGUUCUAGAAGGAGACAGUGGUAAGGUACUGGACGGAUGGCCUGUCAAAUUACCAAGUGAAGUACGAGCCACAGUUCUGGUUACUAAAAUAGUUCCUGGAGAAAGUAGUGCCGCAGAUAUGGUAAGUAAACUUUGAAUCACGAAGAUUUUGCCACAUUAGAAGAUCGCCCGCUUUCCCAAGUGAAGUGCGAAACACAGUUCUGGUUACUAAACUAGUUUCUGGAGAAAGUCAUAGCUUCUGUCUAUGUCUAAAAACGUGAGGUUUUUUUGUUUGUUUGUUUGUUUUUUAUGUGAAUUUCUAUGAAUGAAGGUAACCAUGAAACAUGGACUAGAGCCAUGCAUCUUAAGGAGAAGCAGGUCAAGUUGCCCCGUGUUAUCACUAUGUGACAAGUUGAUCCACAUCCUUCCUUAGGUAGUUCCCCUGGUUAAUGGCCAGAUAGCGAUCAUACGGGGUAUUGAUCGCUGCACAGAACUGAUCAAUGUUGGUAAGACUGUGCUGGGGAGUAUAGUUAGUGCUGACAUAGUUCCAGGGAGGCCAGGUUUGGAGCUGGUGCUAGGGGCUGAUGAUGGGACCCUGUUGUGUUUAGGAAAUGCGCCGAAUGCACCGACAGAUAGGUAUGAACUUACUGAUAAUUUUGUUUUUGUUUGUUUUUGUAUUUAUUCAAUCAAAUGCGAUUUUUAAAAUGUUGGGCUAAAUGCAAUAGCGAACUUGAUCAAAGUCUGAUUAUAUCAGUGAAGUAUUUACCCCACAACAUCACGUUCAACAACACUCGUGCAACACUCCAUGUAACCUUGCACAGGAAUUGAAUCGCUUCAUCUAUUUAAAUUACCAGGAAGUAAGUUGUAUUCUUACGGGUGUUUCAUAUCAAGGAUCCAUAGAAAUCAUAUUAAAUUGCUGAAAGAUCAGUUUUCUAUGACUUAUAACUAACACAGUGCAUUCUAUUCUAUGCUGAAGAAAGGGAGAUAAAUAAUAAAUGCGUGGCACUGUAUAGUACCAUGCUGGUUACCCAGCCCACAAAAGUUUUUCACUGUAUCGCAGAUAUCAAGGAUGCAAAUGUAAGAAAAUUCUUUCGUAGAUUCAUUCAUCUAAUUUGGACGUACGUAACAGAAUAUUCCAGUUACUUCUUUGGACUCGGCCUGAAGAUCAAGAUCAUACUUAUUACUGAUUAAGAAAUCAAGGUUCUAUUACCUUUUACUUUCAUUCUAUAAUUAUGGAAUAUAUGUUUGUCAGUCUUGCCCUCCCUGUAGACAGGAACGAACUGUUUUCAUGGCCGGCAGAAACCUUGCCAUGCAGUGGAACAACGUUUUACUCUGGGAAGGUAAACUCCCUUAUCUUGACUUCGAAUAAUAAUCUGAAUUAGGACAGAUUCCUAAUUCAGUUCGAUGACUCACCUUUGUAGCCGUAAGAAGUUGUUUCUACAUAGAUUUUACUAGAAUUUGAAAUGGAAAGAAGGCACAGUGUAGCUAUGGCUCUCUUUUGUAAUUUAAUGUAACUUGGGCUAUGUUCUGUAACAAUACAAACAAAAAAUUCCUGUUUUGAUUUGUGGAUAACGCAUAGAGUGAAUCAUACAUCCUUAAUCACGCAGGAGAACUUCAAUUAACGCCAUUGCGGUAGACGUCUAGAAAAUCUCGCACGCUAUAACUGAAGCAAAUUUUAGCGCUUUUUGUUCUCCCUUAAGGUAUCUGAUCACAAUAUUUAAGUAGGAGAUAAAUCUGAUUUUCACAUGUGGAUAAGACAUAAAUUGAUUCUGUGAUCUUCACCGGUCAACUGUAAUUAAAGUCAUUGCAGAGAAAAAAGCUUGAAAAGAAAUCCAAAAAAAAAAGAAAUAAAUAAAGAUUCAUGCCUUUAGGGGAUUGUGCAGCGUCUCCAUCCCCUUUGAGUGCCCAGUGAUUAUAAAUACCCUUCGAAGCCUGAAUCUUUUUUCCAAACUUUCCACUACAGUAACUGAAAUUAACCUGUGAAGAUCAAUUGCUCACCGGUUAGAGUGAUAUUCACGCAGACUGUUCACUGAAGUUUUCCUUGACCCUCGUGUAUUUCUUUGUAUCUUGUUUCUUUUACAAUCCAGGUUGGAGUACGGUUCACAACUAAAUCUCUGGAAAAUACACAGAUUACGGGGAAAUAUUUUCCCAUUGCGUUUGAAAUCAGAGAUGAUCAGCCAAUGGACGUGAGAGGAAAAUUACACAAGUUAAAGGUUUGUUCAUGAAGGGAACAUUACUACCAUUGACUGACUGACUAAAUGACUGGCUGGCAUACUAAAUUACAUGCUAACCGACUGCGUGACUGACUGGCAGACUGACUGGAGACUGGCUGGCUGGCUGGCUGGCUGACUGACUAACUAACAAACAGACUGACUGAAUGGCUGGCUGACUGACUGAGUGGCUGAUUGAUUGAUUGACGAACGGACUGACGUUCUGAGUGACUGACUGAUCGACUGAAGAACGAACCAACGGUCUUACUGUCUGUGUGACUGACUGGCAAACUGACUGGAUGGCUGACUGACUGAAUAACUAAUCGAAUGACUGACUGAAGAACGAACUAACGGUUUUUCUGUCUGUGUGACUGACUGGUAGACAGACUGGAUGAACGAACUAUCGGUCUUACAGUCUGAGUGACUGGCAGACUGACUGAAUAACUAAUAGACUGACUGACGAACGAACUGACGGUCUAACUGUCUGAGUGACUGAUUGGUGGACUGACUGGAUGGCUGAUUGUCUGAAUAACUAAUAGACUGACUGACUGACUGACCGUAUGACUGAAUCUCAGCUUCAUUGUUAUUACUGUAACUUAAGAAUGUCUUUUUGUAGAUUAUCAUUGGUAGGCGACUCAUAAUCAAGAAGAGUUACAAGUCUCCAGGAUUAUACACCGAACAAGUUGAAGUUCCAUCAAAACCGUGCAGGGCUGUUGUAUCAGUACAACUUUUCACCGAACACGGACAGUGCUUUCAAAGCUCUCUACAUGCAAGGUACAUCUGUUUGUUAUUAAGUGGGCGAAAGGGCUACAUUGGGAAAACAUUGUGAUUCUUGGUCUCGAGAACAGCCCGAGGCCACAGGCUGAGGGUCACAUAGCGCUUAGUUUUUCCCAGUGAGGAUCGAUUUUGUGUUGGUAAUAUGAAAUGUUUGUCUUCAUUUUUCAUCUUCUCAUUGAAUGAGACUAAGUGCCGUCCAUAAACCGUUUGUAACUCCUCAUAUAUUCACAACAAGCGACUUGGCAAUACUCAAAACUGCUAUGUGUUUUAAAGGAAAUUUUUGUGUCAAGUCGUCGAAUUCAGUUCCAGUCGUAUACAUGUAUGCUAAAUUCUUGUGUUUUGUGUGAAAAGUUGGUUUCUUAAUGAAGUCUGUGAACUUUCUUCCUUCGAGCAAAAAUUGUUUUAACCAAUUUUGCAACCUGUACCUGUACCUGUACCGUUUUUAUCCAAAUGAAUUACUUCGCUCCUUUAUCACAUCGAAUACGAGGCGUUUCAAACUUAUUAUAUUUUGUCCUAAUAAUUUCGCUGGUAUUUGUGUAUACUAACCCGUUGCCACCAUGUUAUGUUUUAAAUCUCUUUUUCUUUUUUUUUUGGACAGUUUUAAUGGCCACUUUAAAGAUGACAUGGCGUGGCUGCUACUGGUGCCGUUCAUAACAACUGGAUGUCUUCUGUUGAUUCUUCAUGGUUGGACACAAGUGAAUGCAGAUGUUCUGCCAACGAUAAUGACGGGGAAAAAGCGAUAGCAGUAAAUGCUGAAGAAACAAAGAAGGACACUCAAAAACUACAGAUAUGCUCAGUUUCCAUGGUGUAACAGGACAACCAGAGUGUAAACAGGGAUAUGUGUAAUGGACAAAGAAACGGCGUUCUCCAUGAAGUCGAACAGAAAAUUCUCCUACCAUGUGGCUUUAUAGCUCAGUAGAUGGUAGCACCCUCUGGCUUCCGGCAGGUACAGGUUCAAGUUCCAUCAAGUUUUGGUCAUUGAUUUCUUCAGUUGCUUCGAGUGCAGUAUUACUGAGGGCAUCAAGCCAUCUCUUCCUCAGUCACUCAUCGUACUUAGUGCCAACAAGAACGUUUGGAGAAAAUAGGAAGACUUUACGAAAAGACUAUCGAGAAUGGAAUCGAUUGAAUGUAACUGGUUUAUCUGUGUCAUCGCUUUGGGGAAAAAUAGUAGCCAACAGAAAGAGUGGUAAACAACAGAAACCUACUCUGAAGUCCUCCUUGGCUCCGUUCAUCCCGUAAAUAUCAUUUUAAAACCAAGCGACAUAGUAGGGAUGAAGUAGUUUUUUUUAAAAUGUAAACUGCGAAUUAGACAACCUUCUCGUUCAUGUCUAAUAUACACCAAUACCUUCAAGUCGUAAAACGUGGUUAGAUAGGAAAAGCGAGAGAGCCCGUAGCGUAGAUCACAAGUAUACGUACUACAUAUGAAUUAUUGACCAAUGAUGAGGUCAAGGUGGCUCAAUAUUCGCUGAGUUCAUUUUUCGUAUUUUUAUGGACCGUGGCGAAAUCAAGGUCCACAAAAGUACAAAAAAAGAACAAGGGUAAUAUCCAGGGCCGGGUUGUUCAAAGCUGGGUUAAGAUAACCCAGGGUUAGUGUGAAAUCCGAUUUCAGAUCUAAAAGCUUUACAAGAAAAUUCAGUCGAAUUCUUUUUGUUUAGAGUAUGACUACUUGAUGCUUUAAAAAGGACACUGAAAAUUUUCCCAAAAAGGCUUUUGAGUAAAGGAAUAAAGAAACGCAGAUUAAAAUUUAACCCUGGGUUAGCGCUAAUCGGCCUUCGAACAACUGGGCCCAGUAUCUUAACCGAACAAGCUUCAGAAUAUUAGCACAUAAGCGCGGGUGGAUAUGGAGUUUCUCUUUGAUCGAGUGCCGAACUCGAUACUCACGAGUGAGCGCCUCGUGAGUCCUCAACAUUUUGACCACUGUGAUAAAAAAUGUUGGAUAAGAAUACAGACCACGCUAAACCACUGACGAUAUUGUCAAUUGGCAGUGGACAUUCUGUGAGGUGGUUCUUCUUGUCCUCGGUUUCCAGGUCGAACAGAAAUAUAGGAUAUUGUGGAGGAAGGGAAAACCGGAAGACCGGAGAACAACCCUUCGAGCAAGGACGGGAACCAACGACAAACUCUACAUUUGACACCAGCGGCACAUUUCUCGAAAGGCCCUGUAACUUAACGGGCCCGUAAAGCUGUUCUGUUUCCAUUCAAGAGAAGGUUUAAAACAUUUCGAAAAUUAUGCGAUAAAACUUGCAGCUAAAGAAACAAAAUUGGACUGGUGAGGGAGCCAGAAACUGAUUUUUUAUUGUUUAGAGGCUUUAAUCUAGCUGUACUAACAAUACAGAUUAAUCAGAGACUUUAAAGGGAAACUUGUGGUGAAAGAACUCUCGUGUAAGAAUUACAGUGAUUGUCGCAUUUUUAGCGAUUAAAUCACUUGCUCGGUAUGUUUAUCGGCUAUCCCAACAUCUGUGUGGAAAAUAAUGGAUUGAAAGUAAAAACUGUAGAGUUGAUUAAAAAUAGUGGCCCGUAACGAGGACAAUAUCGUUAUUUAAGCACUGAAUGUUACUCUGGUUUCUAAACGAGGGCGAGAACGUGGAGUGCAGCCGGUACAAAACUAAACACAUAGUUUAAGUACUCUGGCGUCUUUAUUUUCAUUUAGCGCGUGAAAAACCGCCUGCCUCUCAUCAGGCUAAGCCAACUGUGAUUUAGUCACUCGUGUUUUCACGUGCUUUUUGUAUCGUUUGGAAUUCUUAUGGGAUUUCUGUCAUAUUUUCUUUUGAUGUAAUCAAGUAACUACUUGGUUUGUGGUUUCAGGAUAUGUUGCCGCCAAAAUUAUUGGGUUUUCAUUUGGACGUUAUUCAUUUUUUCGCCUUUGUCGCUUUUUCAAUAAGUUCUUUUGUUUUCAUGCACGUUACUUUCAUCGAUAUUGUUACUUUUUUUUGCAAAAUUUCUCUUUGUUUGGGUCAUUCGUACAAGUUCUUUACCUAAAUUUUAUUCAUUCGGCUUUAUCGUUUAACUUGCACUGUUCCAUCGUUUUCUUCAUCGUUUUAUAUUAUCUUUAACCAGCCAGGAUCUCGUACAACGUUUGUAAGUGUCUUUAGAUGUCCUUUAUUUUGUUUCCCGUUUGUCGAUUUCUUUACGUAAUAUUAUAGGUAACUUGUUACUUGUUAUUUUUAUUUAGCAACCGCUUCAAAUGUUCAUUUCACUCCAAUUGUUACCUUC